GCCAGGCAGCCAGCUUUUUGACGGCGACAAAGGCGGGAAUCUGACAGCGUACGGGAGACGGGCAGUGGCCGUCCAGGGCUGCUGUACUUGUGCAUGGCCCCGUGGAACCAGCAUAUCAAGAGUGAAACGCUAAUUCUGUGACUCGAGGGUGUGUUCGUUGGCCCAGCCCUUGGCUUUGGCCACAGGCAUUCUUUUAUCUUACGGAUACUUUUUAUGCGCGCAAGUCUGGCAGGGCAACAACAAUAAUAAUAAUGAGCCCAUCCCGGAAGAUUAAUACUGCGUCCCUUCGGCUAUUUUCGAACAGUGCUUGCUGACCCCGUCCUGGGAAAGUCCAGGCGAGCUGCGGUCCGCUGGCCUAGGCCUACGCAUCCCAAUCCCAAAUUACGUUUUGUGAUAUAUCCGCUGGAGCUCCUUUCCGCUCAACCGUUGCAGUCAUCUCCCUGGUUUCGGCGCCCUCCGGCUGCAUUGUCUUAUGGAUAAACCAAGAGCUCUCCCGGUUCCAUCCUAGCUCUCGCCGUCAUGCUCUGCUGUCCAUUUGUCUUUCCCACCCUUGACCGCCGUUAUAUCAUUCUCUAGUCCGGUUAAUUCGAUUAUCCAUCACAUCUCAUCUACUAGAAACGCGGAUUCUUACCUCCCAGGAUACCAGCAGUUUUGAUCAAGAAAAAGAAAAAGAAAAAGCCUCCUUUGUCACAAUGGAGACAGACAAAGCACCCCGUCCUGAUGAGACGGAUUCUGCACCAUUUGACCUCGACAUCGUCGAAGAGAGUAUAAACAUAGCCGACUCGCACAUAGAUCUUACUCCCACACCGCCUGCAGACCAAAGCGAAGAACAACCAAAGGACAAGGCCGCCAUGUUUUCGGCACAGGAUGACCUUACUGCAGACUGGGCCCAGUGGAUGCGCUGGGACGACAUUGAAGACACAAAGCCUUCGAUUUUCAAUAUACCGAACAUACCUGGCUCAUCUCUCCCGCAGUCUGCCUUCACCUUCACUUCAGGUGAUGCCACACUGCCUGCUCAUACGCUCGGCCCAUCCAACGGCUGUCUCGGCCUCCCUGCCGUUAAGCAGCCUUCUGUCUCUACCAUCUUCCAAGAGCAGCCAACUAUUGAAACAAUACAACCGGCACCACCAUCCGAUGCUUCCUCUCCUUUGGCGCCCUCCCCUACAUCGUCAGUCGGACGCAAGAGGAAGUCGUCUCACGAUGAUUCUCCAGUCAAUGAAGUACCUCCCCAAGCUGCUGCUACUGCUGCUGCUGAUAAGUCAGCUCCCUCUAAGAAAAGAUCACACAACAUAAUUGAAAAGAGAUAUCGUGCCAACCUCAACGACAAAAUUGCGGAGCUACGAGACAGUGUCCCUAGCUUACGCUUGACCUAUAAACAGCGUCAUGGCGGAAACCUAAAGAAGUCGAACGAAGACGACGACAUCGACCUCACCUCUGGAAACAAACUCAACAAGGCGUCAAUCCUUUCCAAAGCUACAGAAUAUAUCAAACACCUGGAACUCAGGAACAGCCGUCUCGAGGAGGAAAAUCUUUCUUUGAAAAAUCGAUUUCGUGAACUUGAAAAGGCCCAGGGAAUAAACCUGGUUUCGUACCCCGCCGUCACUGGGUCUGAGACUCCUUCGGGAGCUUGCACCGUAUCUACAAGUUCCGUUGUUACAUCUCCCGAUAUAUUUUCUCACUCGAGUGAUUUUUCCCCCGAUUCACCACCAAACCCCUUAUUUCCUCCCGAAGGACUACUAAGGCCCCCUGAUGGAUUCAACCAACUUCGCCCUACAGGGCCUCAACCGCAUUAUGCCGACACCUUUCAAUACAACCAUCCCCAAGAGUACGACUGCGCACCGAUAGAAAACGCUAGUACUGCCACCGCUUCUAGUUCAGAAACGACCACUCGCAGUCGACGACAGUUCAUGGGCCUCCCCAACAAAUUUAUGCUUGGCACUCUUGCCGGUAUAAUGGUCAUGGGUGGCUUUGAGAGUCAUAGAUCUUCUGAUCCAGAGGAAAAGAAAGAGCUUUUUGCGCUCCCACUCCAGAUUCUCGGCAGCUUUUAUCGCCUGGCCCUCCAGAAGUUCUAUCUUAUCAGGGCCAAUUCCUGGCAGAUUCGUGCCCUAUCACAGUUCGCUCUGACCUCUCUUAUACUGUUUGGUUGUGCAUUUUUCAUGUUUCUAUACCUUUUCAACUCAAGGCCGAGAGUAUCUCGAGUUCCUCUCAAACCAUCCAGGACCCGAAACGUUUCAGCACAACAGCAUGUUUCGACCGGUUGCUCUUUCACAGAAUUUCGACAAGAUGCGUGGCUUACGAGCAUACAAACCGUUGGUGUUCCUCGUCAUAAUUUUUUUCCUGAAUGGUUUGCCGUCACCUCCCGCUGUUUAGAAUACUGUGUGAGGUGCCUUCUCGGAUGGAAAUUAUAUUCCUUUGUUACUGGUAUCAGUGCAGAUGAUGAAAAAGGCCGAGUUAAAGCCUGGGAUAUUGCUCUUGAUGCCCAACUUACGGGAGGAGAUGCGGAAGUUAGCAAAAGCCGACUGGUUUUAACCAUUUUUGCUGCCGGCACUCUUCCACGUAGCCCUGCUCGCAUGAUGCUUAAGGCAUUCCAUUGCAGGGUACUUUUAUGGAGAAUUAGCUCACCUGAUUCCUUGGCGUUCCGGGUAGCUAAUUACAUUGCAAAGGUACUUGCAAAUUACCAGUGGGAACUUGCCCAAAACAUGCACCGAAGGGGGCCAAAAAGGGGCGAGGACCCAUUACCAAGCCACCUUGCCUUCCUCUUAUCGAUGGAUUGUGAUGAAGUUUUCACAGACACUAUCGUCCAGCGUGCCAGUAAUAUGGUUUGGAAUCGACCAACACAGGAGGCAACGGACGGUGAAGAUGCAUUGCUAGACGUUGUCGUCGAAGAUAGUGCCGUUCGUUCUCCACUCGAUGUGCUUGCGGCAUGGUGGUCGAGCCGUGCAUUGCAAGAGGCCUUGCUCAAAUCCUUAGACUUAGUGUCGGUCGAGUCGCCCAUCGAGAAACGUAAAUCCUUCGAAAGAAGCCUGGAUAUAGCAUUACAUUCUGCACCAAUCCCAUCCACAGCGUAUACCAGAGCAACCGUUGUGAAGGCCCUGUUUUUUGAAGAAGACAGGAUCAACAAUGUCAAUACAGUCCUCGCAACUCUGCCGGCUAAAAACUCAGAGAAUUCUCGCUCCACUUGUGGUUUGACAAAUUUUCUUGAUUCCUCAAUCCCGCCAUCCGCACGAGAUGAGAUUUUUAUUGGUGUGCGCUGUGCAAUGAUAGCUGCGAUAUUACGAGGCCAAGUAGGUAGGGGCGAAGACGAACCAGCAUCUUCUCCCUUCUCUCUUUCGAGUGCUAUCAAGCAGUUUAAUGCCGCCUCUGUCGAUGAAGUUGAGCUCACUCUUCUUGGGUUCGCUUCUCAUUAUUAUCUCCUCCACAUCACUGCCACCGACGAAAGGCUACUACCUUGCUCUUCUCUUGCAUCAUCGAUGCAUUCGUCAGUAGUGCAACUAACGGAUGGCUCAGAAACUACGACAAGCUACCAGGAUGAGCAUGAUAUCCCCAUCCCUGAUCUUUCUCGAAUUGCCGCGGAUUUGAUAUUCUGGGUACGAAAUGCAUAUAACCCAAUCUCCUCAGGCCUUAAUGCCAAACUUAUGGAGAAGGUUGUGAUAGACUGCGUUGAGGUAUGUCGUAACGCAGGCGUCGACAUAGAUAUCAGAAAAAUCCAGCGUAUGAAGACUCAUCAGCGGACAUCAAGCGUUGGUCCCAUGCAAAUUCCCGCUCGCUCUCCAGACUCCGAGGGUGUACCGAGUGGAGUAACCCCUGUUGGAGCCCAGGGCAGAAGACCGAGCACCUUCAGCGACGAUACCGGGUAUGGCAGCAUUGACUCUGAAGAGAACAGAGCCAUAUCAACUGUCUAGAGCUUCUAAUGCACAUAAUACCCAACAUUUAAAUCCAUUUCCUUCGAGAUCAGACUCGCCUUUCAGCUACAUAUUUACUGCCCAUAAAUUUUCACCCGCUUUUACAUAUAAGUAAAUAUAUCAUUGCGAUGGUGUUCGGUCAGUUGAUAGUUUUCCUUUACUGUUCCUUCCCCCUUUUUGUCACCAAGUAUAACGAUAAUUUACCGCGCCUCCUUGAUGCAGUUUAUCCGCUGCUAAACCUCGUCAUUGACCAAGCUUCUCUACUCGCCCCUUGCCUACUAGUCCGACAUGAGUUCACGGGACAUAAGAUCUGUAUCUAUUACAUAGAAAUUCAUAUCUCCAUUCUCCCCCUUUCUUGCUGCGAUUGAUCAUUUUCUUUUCUGCAUGAGUUACCGUUAUUGGUACCAUAUGUUUUGGUUGGUGGGCUUCAUCUUGCUAGGAGGAUGGACUCUCUGGCGCUUUGACUUGAUAAGGGAGAGAAAAAAAGGCGUUUGAUAGUUAUGGAGAUCCGUUUGCAUGUGAAUUGGCUAGGUUUACGGAGCACUACCUUGUAUCUA